AUGUUAAAGGACCAACCAAAGUUUGCCAAUCCUAACAAUGCUAGAUCGAGAUCAUCUGUGCCUCCAACUUCAGAGGCAAUAUCUAUUAGUGAAGGGGAUUGUGGGUCCGGACUUGGUGACACUUCUAAUUUUGAGAGAUCUAUUGGUAGGAAGGCCGAAAAGGUCAUCCGAAAGAACAAAGCCGCCGGAAAAGAUGUAGGGGAAUAUUUGAACAAAAAAUUGAAAUUGAUUGAGGAUGUUGCAUCCAUGAAUCACUUUUUGUUUCGCAAGUUCCUUCUUGAUGACUCAGAUGAAGAUGAGAUCAUCGAAGAACUUGUUAUGGAAGCAUCACAACCUAAGCGUCAUCGUCGUUCUAUUCAACGUAAUCAUUUGGUAGGGCAUGAGAGGCUUUUUCUUGAUUAUUUUGCUCCCACACCAAUAUAUCCAUCCGCUUUAUUUCGUAGGAGAUUUCGGAUGAAGCGUUCUCUUUUUCUUCGUAUUCAAUCUCAAGUUGAAGCUCAUGACUCUUAUUUUGUCCAAAAAAGAAAUAGUGCCAACAAACUUGGUUUAUCUUCAUUACAAAAGAUAACUGCUGCACUUAGAAUGCUUGCGUAUGGAGUAUCGGGUGAUUUGGUAGAUGAAUAUGUGCGGAUUGGAGAAACUACUGCAUUAGAAAGUUUGAAAAAAUUUGUUACUGCGGUAAUUGAUGUUUUCUCUGAAGAAUACUUGAGAAAGCCAAACAAUGAAGACAUUGCUAGACUGUUAGCUCAUGGCGAACGUCGAGGUUUUCCAGAGCGAUCUCAUGUAUUUAAUGAAUUUGCUGAAGGACGUGCUCCUACAAUACAUUACUCAAUUAAUGGUCAUGACUACACUAUGGGAUAUUACCUUGCUGAUGGUAUAUAUCCAAAGUGGGCAACAUUUGUGAAAACAAUCCCAGCUCCACAAGGACAUAAGUAUAAAUUAUUUGCAGCAGCCCAAGAGGCGUAUAGGAAGGAUGUUGAGCGUGCAUUUGGAGUGCUUCAAGCACGUUUCGCAAUUGUCCGUGGACCUGCACGAUUUUUUCAUCUUGAAACACUCAAAAAGAUCAUGAAAGCGUGCAUAAUUCUCCAUAAUAUGAUUGUUGAAGAUGAGCGAGAAGAUGAGCGGGAUGAUAAUGAAGUGGUAGAUUUGGAUUAUGAACAAAAUGAUGGAGUGGAUAAUCCUCCUCUGCAAAUGUUACAUGAACAAAGUGAUGAAUUUUUGUCAUACAUUGAGAGGCAUGGACGCAUUAGAGACCGAGAAAUUCAUUUUCAACUCCAGUCGGACCUUAUUGAACAUUUAUGGCAAUUGCAAGGCGAGUCGUAGGAACUUUCUUUUUUGUAUGUGGGUUUAG